GCUUCCACGUCGUCACGCACAAAGACUGCGCUUCGGCACAGCUCCAUGUGAUUGCGAGACCGCUCAGCGGCACCAUGCGCCGUCUCAAUCUGGCCCUUCUGGCUACGUCCCGGCUCUGUGGAGCUCGAACCCCUGGCUUCAACGUCCACAGCGACCUUCUUGCAUAUCCUCAGUACGAAGUCGUGUUUGCGGACGGUACCAUAUCCGACAAAGAAGCACAGUCUCUUCUGGAUAGGGACUCGCACCAAAAUCCGACCUACUCGGCAGACUUCUCGCAGCCGACCGCUGCCGACAGUCGCGAUGGCAAUGUCGCCGAUGCGCCUGAGGAUGCGCCCGCGUACUCGUACGAGGUCAUGAACAUGACGCCUCAUCGCUACCUUUGCUCUAUACCUGUGAUUCAGCCCCCGGGUCCAGAGAACCAGACGGCCAAUGAACUGGCCAAGGCCGAGGAGGCGCGCGAGCUGCGUCGGGCAGCGGCGCACGGCUGGGAGCUUCUGGGAGAGCUUGAAGAGUCGUGCCUGUACUUCAUGUCCGGUUGGUGGAGCUAUAGCUUCUGCAACAACCGCGAGAUUGUGCAGUUCCACGCCAUGGCGGCGGUGCCCAACGGUCAGCCCCCGCGACGCGACCCUCACACCCAAGAGUUCGUCCUCGGCCGGGUGCCCACCAUCCCCGCCACCUCGGAGCGACAAGGGCGACAAAAGCCAGCGCAGGGCCCUCCUGUACCGGCAGAGCUCCAGGUCAAAGGCGACCAGCGUUAUCUCGUCCAAAAGCUUGAGAAGGGGACAGUCUGCGAUCUCACCGGGAGGGAACGGACGAUCGAGGUCCAGUACCAUUGCGUUCCAGGUAUGAAGAGUGACAGGAUAGGAUGGAUCAAGGAGGUGACCAUCUGUGCCUACGUCAUGGUGGUUAACACCCCCCGGCUCUGCCAGGAUGUGGCCUUUCUGCCGCCAGAGGAGACCAAGGCGAACCCCAUCAGCUGCCAGCUGAUUGCCGACAUGGACGCACCUACUCAACCUCUCAUUGAUGAGAGCAACCCAGCGGAGACAGAUGGCACCGAGACCACCCAGAAAGAAGGGGCCAAGGUCAAGACCGGGCCGACACAGGGGUCCGAGGUCACAAUCGGCGGCGUUGUCGUGGGCGGAAGAAAAGUCUUGUCCAGCGCCGACGAGGCCGGCAAGCCGCCCGUGAAGCUCACGCCGCCGCGGAAUUUUCUGUCUGGCCAGGCAAGCAAGGACCGCAUCAUAGAGAUCGUCGUGCACGCGGCGAGCAAGGCGGACGGCGGAAAAAUCACUACGCUCGAUGCAGCAGAACUGAAGAAGCUCGACCUCAAGCCUGAUGUAGUCAAGGAGAUGACGAAGCAAAUGCAGGACAUUGCCGGCGACUCUGGUUGGAAGCUUGAGAUUGUGGAGCUCGACGGCGAGGAUCUUCGAGAAUUGAGGGGCUACAUUGACGACGACGAGGGCUCUGAAACGGGCAAGAAGAAGGCCAAUGCCGAAAAGGAUGGCAUUAAGCAAGGCGGCAGCAAGAAGAAAGCCGCCAAGGAUGACGUGCCUGACGCGGGUGAAGACAAGGAUGAGGGUAGUGAGGAGAGAUUUUUUAAGGAGGAGCUUUAGACGGCGCUUGAGUGCUCGGUGUCUGUAUGAUACAUGACCAUGGGUAUAAACUGCAUUGCUCGAGUCUUCAUUCCCCCCGUUCUCGGGCAUAGCAUCCUCUGAUAAUGCGACACGGCCCGAAGGGUUGGUAGAUGCUCCGGUCGGGUCGUGACGCCUUCCCUCGCCGG